AUGCGGCUCACCGCCGACCUCAUCCGGGAUUCCCUAUCCUACCUCAAUCCUCUGAAGGAGCGAGAGCUUGAUCUCCGAGCCAUUGAGAACUUGGGUGUUGCUGGCCCUCACGAUGCCAUCGACUUCACCGAUAAUGACAUUCAAGUACUGGGCAACUUCCCCCUAUCGCCUCGCAUAACGACCCUUCUCCUCGCACGAAACCGCGUCUCGAACAUUCAGCCCUCUCUGGCCAAGGCCAUCCCGAACCUUUCUAACCUGGUGCUCUCGUCAAACAACGUCGCAGAGCUCGCCGACCUGGACGCGCUAGCGCUGUUCCCCCGAUUGACGCACUUGGUGCUAUCUGAUAACCCUGUAUCCAAGAAGGAGAACUACCGAUACUGGGUGCUCUGGAAAUGCCCUUCCGUGCGAUUCCUCGACUUCGUCAAGGUGAAGGAGUCUGAGAGGGAGCAUGCUCGCGAAUUAUUCGGAACUGAGGAAGAGCCUACUGCCCUGGCUGCCAAGAUCCAAGGUAUCAAGACCACCAACUUCAGCGCCUCCGCCGACGGCUCGGAAGCGCCCUCCAAGCUCUCACGAAUAAAGCUUACAGAUGCCGAGAAGAAGCGAUUGCAGGAGCGUAUCAAGAAGGCUACCAGCCUGCAGGAGAUUAUUGCGUUGGAGAAGGAGCUCAACGAGGGACGUCUGCCUUCUGGUAUUCACGGAGACGCUAUGGAGGAAUAA